GCUGUGCCGCCCUCUGCCGGCUGGCGCUGGGACUGCAGUCGCGGCUGUCUGAUGCUGCUGUGAGCUCACAGUUGUCGCUGUGCAGUGGAGGCGUUUUUUUUUCCUCUGUGUGCAAGCAACCGCAAGAAAUGGAUGUGUUUCUAAUGAUUCGACGUCACAAGACGACCAUCUUCACAGAUGCCAAAGAGUCUACCACAGUCUAUGAACUGAAGCGCAUUGUGGAGGGCAUUUUAAAGAGGCCACCUGAAGACCAGAGGCUUUAUAAGGACGAUGUGAUGCUUAAUGAUGGUCAGACUCUUGGAAAUUGUGGCUUCACAAAUCAAACAGCCCGACCUCAGGCCCCAGCCACAGUGGGAUUAGCUUUCCGUCUGAGUGAUGAUUCAUUUGAGCAGCUGAGGAUCGAGUCUUUCUCCACUCCCCCAGAGCUCCCUGACGUCAUGAAGCCCCAGGACUCGGGCAGCACAGCCAAUGAGCAGGCUGUACAGUGAGGGAGGGGGGCGGGGAAACAAGAGGGGCACGCAGGGGGCCGGAGGGAGGAUGCACGGGGAGAGGGAGGGGUUGAAUUUUGGGAAGUGAUGCCUCAGCGGCUGAGUUUUAUCUUGCCAAUGACAGAACUUCAGCUGGGCAUAAACGAUUACAAACACGGAUUUCCCUUGUUGUAUAUUUUGAGGGCGGGUGCUUCAAAGUGGUUCAUUUGUCCUGAAAUCGGUGAACGCAUGCUAGAUAAAUUGAUAAUUUCACACAAGACCUUUCAGAAAUACCUGACGGACUUGUCACGACACUGUCAGUCAUCCAUGGGAUUGGUAAAGGCUGAACAUAAAGAAUUGUACCUCGUAUUUAAUUAAUUCUAGUCUUUAUUUGGGGUAAGGUUACUGCUGCCUUCCUUGUGUUUUUUAUUUUGCUGGCUUAAACGUGGGAGUUGAUAAGGUGUUACAUUUUUAGGCUUUUAUGUUUGUGUGUUUCUUUAUUAAACUAUUACUAGGAUUUAACAUGUUUUUGGUCUUUGGCCUGGAUAUGUGUUGCGACAAUAGCUAGGAGUUUGUGAAUUUCUAAGUUACUAUCUGUGUUUCAAAAACUUUUGAACAAUAUGAAUCAGAAAUAAAAAAAAAAGAUUCACUUGUUGGCAAAGAUCUGGCAUUAAGAUGAACAUUUCUUGGUACUUUACUUAUCAGUAGUUGUAGUUUUCAUACUGUAGCUGCUCACAGAAGUCACUGAGACUGAAUGCACUCAGUUGUGGGUAUCUAUAACACAUGUAACACUGGGCCUGGCAUUGAAACUGAAAAUCAAAUGGCGGCAGGCAUGGCAGCAAUCAAAAUAAAUUAAUAUUGAUUUUUUUCUUUUUUUUCUUACCUUAUUAACAAAGGUGGGGACUAACCAGCUUCCCUCUCCAGUGUUUGAUUGUAGCACAUGACAUCUUGGAGAUGUUUGAGUAGUAAACCUAAACCAUUUUAAGUUAAACAGGUAGUUUGUCAUGUGAUAAGUUAUGAACUGUGCCUGUGAGUAGUGAGCUGCACAUUUGACUCUCCAUUAUCCCAGAAUCACUGCCCCUUUAGGUUUAGUUCAUGCUGCAACCUGUGUUGUAUUAUACACCAUUAAUACCUUAAUACAUUUUUCCUAAACUUAAAGGUGCGUUAGAAAUGAACUCCUCCACAUGAAAACGCCAAAUUAAAGUAUAACACUGGGUCUCAUGACCUAGAAAACUACAAUGUAAAAAGAAAAAAUCCUCCAUUAGUUACAACAGGAAAGUAUAUUCUGACCUGAGUUUGUUGAAUGAAAUUGUUGACAUUACUGCAUUUGCAAUUUGAGGCUGUUAAACAGUGGGACAUGAUCAAAGUUGCACUUGUAACUGAUUUAACAUUAAAACAACUGUUUUUCA